AUGCGAAGGGCCGUGAAUCAGCUUCUCCCGCAUAAAUCCUCGCGUAUUCUGGGCGGGCCGCUUCAGCCUAAAAAUGCUGUGAAGGAGUUCUAUAUUGUUCUCGACAAUCCCCACAAAUUAUACCGACCGGGGGAGGAGUUGAGUGGACAGAUUAUUUUAAUACUGAAGAAGAAUGUGAUGAAUUUGAUGAUCAGUCUUUCUUUGGAGGGCCAUAUCAAGGUGAACUCCACAUCGCCACUGCGUUCGGAUAAAAAACAAAGUUUGUUCAAUCACAAAAUCCUUCUUUACGGCGAUACUGAGGAGACCGCGCUCACGUUUGGAGAACAUCGGUUUCCGUUUAUUAUCAAGCUGCCCAAGCGGAACGCGUACACCAGCAUUUCGUUCGAGAAGGGCGAAAUUAAAUACGGUCUGAAAUGCACCAUUGUUGAGCGAGAUAACCCAGACGUCGUACUGGCAACGUCUGAAAAGAUGUUUAGUAUUGUCAAGCCCAUCAACCUUACGCUUUUGCCCGAACCUCAGCCCAAGAUUCUCAGAUUCAAGACCACAAAAGGUAAACUGAACAAAACUCUGUCGUCAAUAUCGUCCACGUCGUCGCUUGCUUCGUCGGAAUCCAUGGAAGACAAUCUCGACAGCUACGUCCAAAUUAAGAUGAACAUCUCGUCAAUGGGGUAUUUGCGCGGCGAAUCAAUACCCGUUCGUUUGAACGUGAAGUGUCACAAGAAGAUAGCCAACACAGAGGGAAUAAUAGUCACCUUGAUCAGAAUUUGCCGACUGGAUCUGGGCCAAGACUAUGAGAUUCAAUCGUACAGAAAAGAUCUCAGCCAGUCCAUAGUCCCGCUCAUUGUCGACCCUGUCACGCUGACAAGCGAUAUUUCGACGAGUCUGAGGGUCCCAGUCGAUUGUUUUCCGACCAUUACCGCAAAUAUGGUGAGUUUCCAGUAUUACAUCGAGGUCCUGGUAAACCUUUCAAAUUCCAAGAUACGAGCCACCCAGGUAGGGUUUAUGGACGACGAGAUUAUCCAGAAGGACACGUCCAACAACAUCUACAACGUGGACAGGCUGAAGCGAACGAAAAACGUGCUUACACUCAAUUCCGAGAUUGUCAUUGGCACAGAACGAAAGUCGAGGGUGCGCAGAAAGAGCCGUCGUUCUUCUGUUCCACAGACGCCAUGUACGUCUAUAGAUUCGCCGCUUUCUCCGCAGGACACCAGUCCACCUUCGUCAUCGCUACAAUACUCCGCAAUCCCAGAAAGUUCUUCGGCCAACGAAAAAGAGGUGCUUCGGCUGCGUGAGCAGGCAUUGAUGCCCAGUGAGCCCCCAACAGAGCUCAAUGAUCUGGACUAUGCCCGCCCUCCGUCAGAAUUGCCACCAAUGCCUACCCCAGGGCCAUCGGACGGCCACACUGGGGAACAAUUCAAUGUACUUCUGGACGACGACACCGAAUACGCCACAGUACCGAUAUAUACCGAGCCAUGGAGCGAGGAUUGA